AUGGCAGACACAAGUUCUGAAAAUGGACUCGCGAAGAUUCAGACAACGAACGAAAUAUGUCACGACGAUAGCACGCCAUCAGUGAAAGCUCAAACCAUCAAUGAGCUUCACUCGCUUCAGAAGAAGACAGGGCCUAUGUCUCCAAUGGUUAAUGAAAAUCAAGCUGCUUUUGAAGAAGAACGCAAGAAACAGCAGCUCCAAUCCAUUAGUGCCUCUUUGGCAUCUCUGACGAGAGAAGCUGGACCCAAAGUGGUGAGAGGAGACCCAUCAAAGACAUCUGAGACCCCAAAGAUUAUUCAUCACCACUCCGUCACACCCACCAUCAGCGUUACUGACAGUGCCUUGAAAUUUACCCAUGUCCUCUAUAACCUCUCCCCUGCAGAGCUAUACGAGCAGGCCAUAAAGUACGAGAAAGGGUCGUUCAUAACAUCGACUGGUGCUUUGGCAACCCUCUCCGGAGCCAAGACUGGUCGAUGUCCCAAAGAUAAACGCGUCGUCAAGGACGAGACUGCCCAGGAAGAGCUUUGGUGGGGAAAGGGUUCACCCAACAUUGAAAUGGAUGAGCACUCAUUUAUGGUCAACAGAGAAAGAGCUGUUGAUUACUUAAAUUCUCUGGACAAGGUGUUUGUCAAUGAUCAGUUCCUGAACUGGGACCCAGAGAAUCGAAUCAAAGUUCGGAUUGUCUCUGCCAGAGCUUACCAUUCCUUGUUCAUGCACAACAUGUGUAUCCGUCCCACACCUGAAGAGCUGAAGAAUUUUGGAACUCCAGACUUCACUAUAUACAAUGCUGGACAGUUCCCAUGUAAUCGUUACACACACUAUAUGACAUCCUCAACUAGUGUGGAUAUAAACCUUUCUAGAAAAGAAAUGGUCAUUCUUGGUACUCAGUAUGCGGGGGAAAUGAAGAAAGGCCUAUUCAGUUUAAUGCAUUACCUCAUGCCUAAGCGUCAAAUUCUAUCCUUACAUUCUGGUUGCAAUAUGGGCAAAGAUGGAGAUGUUGCCCUCUUCUUUGGAUUAUCAGGUACUGGAAAAACAACUCUGUCAACCGAUCACAAUAGGUACUUAAUUGGAGAUGAUGAGCACUGUUGGAGUGAAAAUGGUGUCUCAAAUAUCGAAGGUGGUUGCUAUGCCAAGUGCAUUGAUCUCUCCAGGGAGAAGGAACCUGAAAUAUGGAAUGCCAUCAAAUUUGGGACUGUGGUGGAAAAUGUGGUAUUCAAUGAACAUAACCGAGAGGUGGAUUAUGCCGAUAAAUCUGUCACGGAGAACACUCGUGCAGCCUAUCCCAUUGAGUACAUUCCUAAUGCAACGAUUCCGUGUGUUGGUCCACACCCAAAGAAUGUGAUACUUUUGGCGUGUGAUGCUUUUGGUGUGCUCCCACCUGUGAGCAAGCUGAACCUAGCACAGACCAUGUACCAUUUCAUCAGUGGGUACACUGCUCUGGUUGCUGGCACGGAAGAGGGUGUGAAGGAGCCAAGGGCAACAUUCUCGGCCUGCUUUGGUGCAGCGUUCAUCAUGCUGCAUCCUACUAAGUAUGCUGCCAUGCUAGCUGAGAAGAUGCAGAAGCAUGGUGCAACAGGAUGGCUCGUCAACACUGGCUGGUCUGGUGGAAGCUAUGGUUCAGGGAAUCGUAUUAAGUUACCAUACACCCGGAAAAUCAUUGAUGCCAUACACUCUGGCAGCCUUCUGAAUGCAGAUUUCAAGAAGACCGAAGUGUUUGGGCUUGAGAUCCCUACUGAGGUUGAGGGUGUGCCUUCAGAAAUUCUGGAUCCAGUGACCACUUGGUCAGAUAAGAAUGCUUACGAAGAAACAUUGCUGAAGCUGGCGGGCCUGUUCAAGAACAAUUUUGAGGGGUUCGUGAACCACACAAUUGGUGAGGACGACAACCUGACUCAGGAAAUCCUUGCUGCUGGUCCUAUAUUUUGAUCUACUAGGGAAAUGGAGCAAGAAUAAAAGCACACACAAAAAGAGAAGAAAAAAAAAAAACCCUCUGUAAAAGAUAUGGUUACCAAAAAUGUAAAUAGGUGUAUCAUUGAGUUGAAAUUAAUCCACCAUCUAAUUUGAGAUACUCUCACCUUUUUCUUGCCUGUGAAAUACUAUUCUUCAGCUUUAUACAAAUGCUAAGCUUAA